AUGAAAGCGUGUUCGUUCGGGCUGUGUCAAAUCAAAUCGUUGCCAAUGAUGAGCGUUUUUUCGUUGGUAAAAACUAAAACGCUUAGCAGUGCAAUAUAUCAAAUAAAUGGGGGUACCCCUGUUACCGCUACCAUGCUAUUGGACACAAAAACCAAGGAAGUCUCCGUAUGGCUUGCCAAGCUGCCGCCAUUCCUCUCAAAAAAGCUGUUGUCGUUCAACAGCGACACAGAAAUCGGAUACCUGAACAUAAGCACGGCAACGAGCGAUGCGCCUGCACAGGUAUCGAUCGGCAUAACACUCUCAGAUGUACCUCUGAACUUUACCAUCAGGUUCAACGAAAUCAGCCAGCCUAUGUACGUGCUGAAAGGCAAUGACAGGAUUGAGGGCAAGGUGGUGAAGGAAGUGUUCGUGAAUCCGGUGUUUGACAACGCAUACCUAGAGUUCAAGAAAAUGGAGGAGGUGUCGGCUGCUGCACAGCCAUCAACACAGAUCAUUGAUUACAUGAAGGAGGGUCGGAAGACUGACCGGUUUGGCACCGUGUCAGAACUGGAGAGCCUGGCACGAAGACGAAAGAAACAGCUGCAGUCGCAGAAACGGGAGAGACUUGAGAGAAAUGAAGUUAUGGAUAUGGUGUUUAAGGCGUUUGAAAAGUUUGAUAGCUGGACAGCAAAGGAUCUCGCAGACUUUUCGGGACAGCCCGUUGCCUACAUACAGGAGAUAUUGGGUGAGAUAGCGGUGCUCAAUAAGAAAGAUCACAGGAACAGCUAUUCUUUGAAGCCGGAGUAUAAGGAGGCCUCAGAUGAGGAUGCAUGA